UGAUUAUUUUUAACAUUCGCGGAAUGCUCUCAAAGAUUAUGUGUUUUCUGUAAACAAUUUCAAUAAAAAAAGCCGCACUCAUAUUUAUGACCACUAUCUCUUCGAGUUUUAGUAGUAUCAUAUUCAAAUGAAUAUCUUAAAAAAGACCUUAAAUCCUUGUUUACGAAAACUACAUACCGCUCGAUUCGUCCAUACACAACUUAAUGAUAUAAAGGUCAAACAAGAUUAUGAACAAAAUGCAAAGAAUGAAAUGGCAACUGAGGUUAAGGAAACUGAAGAGCAUUGGCCUAAGAGAAUAGUAACUGGGUUGCAGCCUACAGGUACUCUUCAUGUCGGCAACUAUUUCUCAGCAGUCCAACGAUGUGUUAAGUUACAAAAUGAAGGCAAUGAUGUAAUGCUGUUUAUAGCCGAUUUACAUGCAUUAACAACUAAACAAGAUCCAUCAGCAAUCCAAGAGCGCACACUGGACCUGACGGCGUGCCUGCUGGCGAGCGGCGUGGACCCGGCGCGCACGGUGCUGUUCGCGCAGUCGGCCGUGCCGCGCCACGCCGAGCUGUGCUGGCUGCUGACCUGCCUCGCCACGCACGCCCGCCUUGCGCAUCUACCACAGUACAAGGAGAAGGCCGCCACUAUGAAGGAGGUGCCUCUGGGCCUAUUGCUGUAUCCGGUCUUACAGGCGGCGGACGUGCUGGUGUACCGCGGCACGCACGUGCCCGUGGGCGUGGACCAGCUGCAGCACCUGCAGGUGGCGGCGCAGCUGGUGCGCACGUUCCGCCACCGCUACGGACCCGCCUUCCCCACGCCGCGAGCACUUCUGCCAGAGGAUGGCAGUGACCGCAUCCGCAGUUUGCGCGAUCCGACCAAGAAGAUGUCCAAGUCGGACUCAGACCCCAAGUCGCGCAUUCUGCUCAGCGACUCCGACGACACCAUCGCACUCAAGAUCAGAAAAGCGGUCACCGACUUUACGCCGCAGGUUUACGCUCUUGCUUUUUUUCUUUUUGCCAUCUCCUUUAAUGCCAUCCAGAGACAUAGAAUUGCAACAUUAAUGUCUAGAGUUGACAAAUGUAGAAAUAAAAUUUUACAUAGUCUAGCUGAUAGAAUUAUGACGAGUAGCUCAUAUGAAGCAUGGAUAUGAAUUGUGGCUUGAUAUAAUUUGGUUGUUAUUGUAAUUUAUUAUUAUUUUUUAUGGUUAUUAAUUGUAAUACCUGUGAAAUAUGGGACGCUCAUUCUGAAAUAAAUAAAUUUAUUAUUAUUAUUAUUUAUUUAUUUUGCCAUAGGAGCUAUUCGUAACUCGAGCUUUUUUAUACGCUCACUUUAAAUCAAUUUCAAGGAAAGGAGAAAAAAAAGACAUUCAUGAUUAACUUUGAUUAUUAUUUAUAGCGUACCAUCUUACGCCUCAAUUUAUCGUUUU